AUGGCCCAGGCGCUCGUAGCCAUCGACACCCUGGCACACGGUGUGCUUUCUGACUUGCUGUCAGCUACGGGCAACAACAUGGACAUCAUGACCCUGGGAGACUAUCUCGGCGAACAGCGGUUGCCAUCGCAGAUAUCCUUUGCGGAGAUCACGGCCAUGGUGAACCGCGCAGCCCAGCAGGAGAGGGGAGCCCUCAAGCCGUGCAAGGUGGUGAUUGGCUGGUCGGAGAGAGACAGCGACGGCAACAAGGUUUGGGUGAUGAACCCCAAGGAGAAGCUGCAGCCGCGGGUCUGGACCGAGGAGGAUCGGAUCGUGGUGAUCAAGGAUGUGUGA